UCACCGAACCGAGGGCUUCCUGCUCGGCUGAACACGUGGUUCCGUGUCUGUCUUCCUGCUCGUCUGUCAGUGUGUGAAGGUUUCCUGCCCUUCCUUCACUCUUCUCCCUUUUAUCCUCUCAUACAGCAAGAGCAUACCUUCUCCUUUUUCUUUAUUCUUUAUUUUUUUACUCCGUCCCCUCCUGCACCUUCUCCUCUUCCUCCUCCUGCUAUACUUUUCCUUCUCUCUUUACGACGCUUCCCAAGACUGCCGACAGCCAGGCCGCGGUCACUUCAACGUGUUUGUCCGAGUGUGUGAAAGAAAGUGAGUGUGAGGUUGUGUGUGAGCGCGUGCGUGUGUGCGCACCCCCCUCCGCCACCGGCCCAUUGGUGUUAUUUCCCCCCACCACCUCCAUUCUUCUUCGUUUUUUUCGGUCAUGACGCUGGAAGCGAUCCGCUACCGGACCGGCUCUUUGCAGAUCCUCAACCAGCUGCUGCUUCCACACCAGACCGUGUACGAUGACAUCCGCUCCGUGCAGGACGCGUACGAGGCCAUCAAGUCCAUGAAGGUGCGUGGCGCUCCGGCCAUCGCCAUCGUCGGCUGUCUCAGCCUGGCGGUGGAGUUGCGGGCAGGCGCCGGUGGCGAUGACCCUGUGAACUUCAUCAGGGAGUCCCUGUGUCAUCUGACCUCCGCCAGGCCAACCGCCGUCAACAUGGGCCGUGCUGCACGCGAGCUGAUGGAGUUUGCAGAGAACGAGAGCAUGGAGAAGAACUCGGAGCAGCUCAGAGAAAGCGUGAUCGCCUGGAUCGAAGACAUGCUGGAGCGUGACGUCAAUGACAACAGGAAGAUCGGUAAUUAUGGAGCCCAGCACAUCCUAUCAGGUGUCCCGAGGGACUCCGUGACUAUUCUGACACACUGCAACACCGGUUCACUGGCCACAGCUGGAUACGGGACUGCACUGGGCGUGGUGCGAAGCCUCCAUUCUCUGGGCCGGCUGAAGCGCGUAUACUGCACGGAGACGAGGCCGUACAACCAGGGCUCCAGACUGACGGCGUAUGAGGCGGUAGCAGAGGGAAUCCCUGCUACGCUUAUUACAGACAGCAUGGCUGCUCUCACCAUGAGAGAAAUGGACAUCACAGCUGUGGUGGUGGGUGCUGACAGGGUGGUUGCCAACGGUGACACAGCCAACAAGGUGGGCACAUACCAGCUGGCCAUCUCUGCAAAGCACCAUGGGAUCCCGUUUUAUGUGGCCGCGCCCAGCACCUCGUGUGACUUGAGCCUGGAAAGCGGCAGGGAUAUCAUCAUCGAAGUGCGCCCCCCUGAGGAGCUCACCAGUAUAAAUGGCGUCCCCAUCGCUGCCCCUGGCAUCGAGGUGUGGAACCCGGCAUUCGAUGUGACCCCUCACCAGCUCAUCACAGGAGGCAUCAUCACAGAGCUUGGAGUUUUCCUCCCAUCCGAGCUCCAGGCGGCGCUCACCGGCCGCCUCACGGCCCUCUAGAGGUUCUAGCCCCUCCCCGCCAAUGAUCCCGGUGCACCACUGCAUCCUAUCUAUGUCCCAGUAAAAGACACUGUCGUGGUCAUGUCUUGACACAGCACACACUUUGUGGUUUCAUUUAAUUUUGUUCAACACUCUGUUACAUGUCAGUGGUGCACACAAAAACAAAGAUAAAAAAACAACCCAUCAACCCCUUAACAAAACACAUAAACACAUUCAAAUUCACUGCAGGGAGUCAAGCAGCAUGUUCAGCCUCUUCUUUCUUUUAAAUCUUCUUCUGUAGUCUUUAAAUUCCUCUUCUUCCGAAGUGUUCUCAGCCCAACUUUAAUUUACUUUUGUUGCCUCCUCCUCUUCCUAAAUGGCUUCUGCGACUACACAUUGAGCUCAGCUGGAUCUCAAACCUCUAAAUUCUGUUUGGCAAGCAAUUUUCCGAGUCGCUGCUGAGAUAAUGUUACAGAUUUCUUCAACAAUAUUAAAAAAAAAAAAAAAAAAAAAAUGAUGAUGGCACGACUUAUUCUUCAAUUUUUAAAGCAGUCGUGGUUUC